AUGAAGUCACGGACACCGACCAACCGUGCUGCGUCGCCCUUACCACCACCACCACCACCACCACCACCGAGGGCGUCCUCUCCUACCGGUCCAGACACUCGUUCUCGUGCAUCGAGCGACACGCCGCGUCCAAUUAUGCGCCAACCACCGCAAGGACCAUCCCACUCCCGGUCAAAUUCGCCUAUACCUGAUCAUAGAAUACUCACAAAGGCACGAAGGACACCCAUCCCUACCGCUCGGGGUCAGACGGUCGACAUACCUACCUCACUUCCCACUGCACCUCCAUCGUCAUCUUCAUUUCAUCACUUCCAGCCAACGCGGUCGCAGUCUUCUCGCCCGGAUGGCUCAUAUCCCUCAUCUCUCUUAAGGGAAGCUGCAUCUUCACCUAUCCCUCAAAAGUCACCACAAAAGUCACUACGAAACUACGACACCAAACACAUUAGAUCAGAACUGGACAGGCUCGGAUUUCUCCCGCAUCUCCCAUCAUCACCCCAGCUAGGACUGCCCCACUCUCACUCACAUCACAUCACCAUCCCUCAUCUGGGAGCUCCCCUUGCCUCAUCCACUUCUCUCUCCCUCUCUCCUCAGCCGCCGUCCCAGCUCCCCAUACUCUCCGCAUCCCAGGCCCAGCUCGCAGCACAGGGCGAACCAUGGCCCCUGCUGCACGUCCACGUCCUUCCCCUCUUCAACGGCGAGCCCCUGCGCGUCCCCAUCGAGGACCUCAAUAUCCUCGUCCGUGCUCACUUGCACGCAGCCAUAUCACGCAGCCCUAGCAAGGUCAUGCAAAUGAUGGAGGCGGAUCUCAAUGAACUCGUAUCCACCGGAAUGGUCACGCUCAAUGCCGGUUUGCACGCCCUGGAGGGAGACAAGCUUCUUGCAAGGCUCGUCGACAAGUGGGGGUUCUUUUACGGCCAGGUUCUCCCCUAUGUUGAAGGGGUUUUCCUUCCCUUCCAAACCGAUCCCUUGCUCAAUGGUCUCCGCUCGUCUACCAAGAGAGUAAAGGAUCAGACAGACGAGGAGGCUCCCAUCCUCGUCCCCGCCAACAGGGUAGAUGUGCGCAUGCUCGUCCUUCACGCUUUUAGAGAUCGCGUGCUGGAUGGGCUCUAUCCAAAACUAUUGACCUAUCUGAAGAGUCGUGAUUUUGAGAAGAACGCGCAGUGGGGCCCAAAGUUCCAGCAGAUGUUGCUUGUUCUCAUAUCGUCCUCCUCAAGCCAACCAAACGCAGCGCCAACAGCCGCUCAUCUCCUCUUGCGUGCCUUUUCUCCUACCAUCCGUCCCCUGCACGGACAAUAUGCCUACCAAUCCCCCGUCUCCCUCCCUUCGUUCUCCUCUGCCUCCCUCUCACGACCACGCGACCGCCGGGGCCGCGUCGCGCCCAAGAAUUAUGCGGAGUCUUUCCAGUGGCGGGAGGAUAGCGAUUCCGCUGCAGAAGGCGAGGUGGAGGAUACUCCAAGAGUAGGUGUCUUCCCUGUGGGGAGCGCGCUGCCCAUGGGGCUAGGGAUGCAGGGCGGUUGGGGCCUCGGACUCGGAGCUGCAGAGGAUGGCAGAUUGGAGCGGCUUAACAGUGGAGAAGAGGAUGAGGACGAGGAUACCCCACAGGACGAUAUAAUGGCACGUGUUGCUGCAGGCGGAGGGGAAAGGAACGGCCAGCUUCAGCCAUAUGCGUCUAGGCUGUAG